CAGGCCUUUGGGCUGCUAAUUCUCGGCUGGAGCUUGAAGGGACUGCCCCUCCCAUUGCAAGACAGUAUGGCCCUGGCUGCAGCAUUGGAGGGACAGCUACAACUGAGAGAGGUCUCGGGGAUCCCCUUGCAGGCUAGCACAGUGGACAACUGGAGCCAGAUACAGAACUUUGAGGCCAAGCCGGAUGAUCUUCUCAUCUGUACCUAUCCUAAAUCAGGCACCACAUGGAUUCAGGAAAUUGUGGACAUGAUUGAGCAGAAUGGAGAUGUGGAGAAAUGUCAGAGAGCCAUCAUUCAACACCGCCAUCCUUUCAUUGAGUGGGCUCGGCCGCCCCAGCCCUCUGGGGUGGAAAGAGCCAACGCAAUGCCUUCUCCACGGAUACUAAGGACUCAUCUUCCAACUCAGCUGUUACCUCCAUCUUUCUGGGAAAACAACUGCAAGUUCCUUUAUGUAGCUCGAAAUGCCAAAGACUGCAUGGUUUCCUAUUACCAUUUCCAAAGGAUGAAUCAAAUUCUUCCUGACCCUGGUACCUGGGAAGAGUAUUUUGAAACCUUCAUCAGCGGAAAAGUGGGUUGGGGUUCUUGGUUUGACCAUGUGAAGGAAUGGUGGGAGAUAAAAGACAGAUACCAGAUUCUUUUCCUCUUCUAUGAGGACAUAAAACGGGACCCAAAGUAUGAAAUUCAGAAAGUGAUGAAGUUCAUGGGAAAGAACUUGGAUGAAACAGUCCUAGAUAAAAUUGUCCAGGAGACAUCAUUUGAGAAAAUGAAAGAAAAUCCCAUGACAAAUCGCUCCACAGUUCCUAAAUCUAUCCUGGACCAGUCCAUUUCCCCCUUCAUGAGAAAAGGAACUGUGGGGGAUUGGAAAGACCACUUCACUGUGGCUCAGAAUGAGAGAUUUGAUGAAAUCUAUAGGCAAAAGAUGAAAGGAACAUCAAUAAAAUUCUUGACAGAACUCUGAGCAACAAGUUCAUAGAAAGUGGAUGACAAGAAUGAGGAAAUGAUCUUCAGUUCUUCAGCCCAGCCCAAAGAAUCUCGGAAAACAUUUCAUAAAAGUAUACAAUGAUGGCACCACUGUCUUUGUGAUUAUUAACAGUGUGUACCAGCUUUAUUUUUUAGAAGGACCAUGUUCAAUGCUUAUUUUCUCAACCAUUCUUUCCAAAGUAAGAAAUAAAGUG